UCAAAAUGGAAUAUCGAGGAAUGGGUCGAUUCCCAGGGCAGAUAUCUAGAUUUAGAUACAAUCGUCCUGGUCCUCCCAGAACUCGGCCACCUAGACCUUUAUUGUCCACACCAGUUCGAGCUAGGUUUGAACCUCCUAGGGCAAUUCGACCCCGGACUAUGACGCCAUCGCCAAGGGGCAACAUACAAGUGCCAUUCCGUGGGUUCAAAGCAACCCCCAUGAUUCCAGUCCGACCUCAGCAUGGUCAGAUGUCAGAUUACAAGACGGGAACAAAAAAUGAUACAGGAAAAGAUUAUGUAUCGCCAAAUUAUAGAGAACCAGAAAAUACCGGUUCCGUUUCUUCAAAGCAAAUUGAUAAGGACACAAAAGAAUCAGAUAUGGCAAACACAGACAGCAGUUUAAAAGAAGAUUCAGCAAACCAUGCAGAUGAAGACACACUGAAGUCAGCAGAAACAGAGAUAACAUCUGAAAAACAGGAACCAGAGAAGCUUGGUUCAGCUCAAACAUCAAAUCAAUCUGCAAUUUAUGAAAAAACAAGUCAAGAUUCCACUUAUGAUGAAACUGCCAAUCAGGAACCAUAUUUUGAAGCAUCAACCAAUGAAAAUUUAAAUACUGAUGAAACAUCCAAUCAGAAUUCAUACUUUGAUAAGACAGCCAAUCAGGACUCAUAUUUUGAAGAAACAACCAAUCAAGAUUCAUAUUCAGAGGAAGCUUCUUAUCAGGACUCAUUUCAAGACCAGGGGUCAAAUUUUAACACUUACCAGGAUGACAAGGAGGAGACAGAUGCAGGUCAGGGGGAUAAUAAAGCUGAGGGGGGAGAACAGGGAAAAGAGCAGGAGGAGGAAGAGGAGGAGGAAUCUGAUGAAGAAGACACAGGCUUUUGUCAGUACUGUAACAUGCCAUUUGACAAUGAUGAUGCAUACUGGAAGCACACCCGGGGCUUGUUACACACUCAAAAGGUGAUGGAGGCAGAAAAUGCCAAAAAGAAGGGUCAGGAACCAGACAAGGAACCAGAAAAUAAAGAUAAUAUUUUGACUAGACCAUCUUUUGGGACCACCAUGAUGGAAAACAAAGCUUCAGCGAAAGAUCUGAAAUAUCUCCGACAAGCAGGAUUUAGUCCUCACAGAGGUAGAGGGAGAGGAUCCAACAGGGGUGGAUAUCAAUCACCAGCUAAAGACACCAACAGAGGUCAGACCGAGUUGGGUUACAUCCGAGGUCAAGGACAAUAUGACAGAGGGACUCAAGGGCGAGGGAGGGGUCAAGGUCACAAUAAUCAUGGUAAGAGUUUUAGUGAUGGUACAUAUAAGUCAGGUUUUGGUCAAAGGAUUAAAAAGGAAGAGGAAGCAGAAGAGUAUUAUGGGUAUGAAGAGGGCGAUCAAUAUCAGGAAUAUCAGGAAUAUGGAGACCAAGGUGAAAACUAUGAGGGGGCUGGUGAUUACGACGAUGGAGAUUUCAAUAAUGAAGAAGAGGGCCAACAGGAAGAGGAGUACAACUUUUACUCCAGUAACUGGAUGGACAUUGACAAGCCCCCUGAGAAGAUUCCCGUGAGGGAGAGAGACUACUACCCUGAUACACUUGGAAAACCAAAGUUCCCUUCUGACUUCUACUGCAAGGACUGUGAUGUCAAAUGUACCAGUCAGAAGAAUUUUGAGAUGCAUGUGGAGGGAACCAAGCAUAAAAUGAAAACUCUACUUGGAAAGGGAGAUACAGCUCUUGCAAAGGAAGAAGAGAAAAAGAAAAUGGUGGUAGAAUGUACCAGUCGUCCCUCAAAGGUGGACCACCUCAUUAACAAAUCGGAUCAGCCUAUUGUUGGUUUGAAUUUUGUGACCGAGUUUCGGAAGCCUGACCCGUCGGUCCGACCCACCUACGUUUGUAACCUGUGCGAGUCCAAGUGUGAUAUGAAUACUGUCCUAUCCCAUGUCACAGGCUUCAGACACAGAUCGAACUAUUUUAAAGAAUGCCACCCUGAAAUUUACAACCAUAUGACAUCUAACACGGCCAAGAAAAAGUCUGAACAGAACGCAUCAGCAGAAGAAUUUGCUGUCGAUUGCAUGAAACAAGAUGGUCAAGGAAAAAUCCGGGUCAAACUGGAGAUUGAUUCAGUCACGGAGGCUGUUGCCGCUAAUUUACUAAGUCAGUCUGGAAUCAAAAUGAAGACUUUCAUAUCAGAUUUGAAAAACAAGCCAGAUCCAACACCCAUUCCAGAAAAGAAACAGAGAAUCAACCCUGUUCUCCCUAGACAAGACCAAUCUGAGCGAGUCUACAAUAAGAGGGCGUCUGACACCCAGUACAACUACACAUCAAAACACCCCAGAGGGCCUGGCAACAGAGAUAUCUAUGGAGAAACUGUAGGCCCCAAACAGGUUUUUGAUUACAACCACAAGGUGACACAAAGCAGAGGCUACUCAGGUUCGGAGGAUCAGUUUAACCCGUACCAAGAAACCUCCAUGGGCCAUCAGACAGGUUACCCCCCUGGUGACCCCCAACAGAACCUCCCUCAGGGUGAUACAGAUGAUGAGGACAAAGAACUCUUCAGAGAAUUCCUGGAAUGGAAGAGGCAGCAGAAAAAGAAAGACAGUCAAAGCUCAUUACAGGGGGAGGGUUCAUCUUCAGUUCAACAAAUGACAGAAAAGAAAGCACCUGAUCAAGCUAGUGCCUCAGAUGCUUCAGGAAGCUCAGCGGCCGACAUGAUGUUUGCUCUUUCCCAGACCAUGAUUAAAACAGAGGAGGAUGCCGCUAUGGCCCUACAGGUGUCUAACGCUCUGACGCAGGCUUUACUACAAUACAGGCUCAAAAAUGUUGAACUUCCCAACGAGUUAACCUCUAGCCUUACUAGUGGUGCUGGACAAACAAAUCCAGUGCAAACAAGUAGUGCAGAAUCAAAAAAAUCACACAUUUCUUCAAAAUCAAGUUCAUCUAAAUCAUCAAGCAGGACGUUACCCCAGGCAGCUCCAACCAUCCCUGUUGUAUCCUCAGCAUCUGCAUCCUAUCCCCAGGGUGCCUCAUUAUCAAUUCCAGGAGUCAGUGGCAUGACUUCAAAUGUGGCAUAUACAAGCAAUGCACCUACAGGAGUUCCACCUGUUCUGGAUCCACUCCUGAAGCACAUGAAUCCCAUGGAUACCAAUUAUCCUACUAAUCCAGUUGUGACAAAGCAGUAUAAAGGAACAAUUCCCACAACUCAGUAUCCAAGGACACUUGCCACAACACAGUAUCCGGGAACAGUUUCCACCACACAGUAUAAAGGGACACUCGCCACAACACAGUAUCCGGGAACAGUUUCCACAACACAGUAUCCAGAAACAAUUCCCACAACACAGUAUGCUGGGACACUUGCCACAACACAGUAUCCAGGAAUAGUUUCCACAACACCGUAUCCAGAAACAAUUCCCACAACACUAUAUCCUGGAACAGUUUCCACGACACAGUAUCAGGGAUAUUCAUUUUAUGGAGGGCAGUACCAGCCUUCAGUUCCUGAGGGGUACCAAUGGGGGUAUAAUGCAACACCCCCAGAAGAUGUACCCCCUCCCCCACCCCCUAGAGAAGAUCUACCAAAGCCACCGCCAGAAAAUCAGACCUACUAGAUAUUAUGCAAAUUUAUACAGCAUAUAUCUUUUUAUGAGAAUUGUUCUAUUGAAAGUGCUUUUAAAAUUAUACACUAAUACAUGUACUGAAUUUUACUGUGUGACAAAAAUUUGGCAGAAGGAUUUCAGAAAAAAAUUAAGACAUCUUUUUGUAUGUCAUUUUUCCAGAUUAUAAUUUUUUAAGGUUAACCUGCCAAUUUAAUGUGCAAAAAAUACUAUUUUUGGUAAGUCUAGGGUUUGAUUGCAUGUGUUAUUUUAUUGAUAUACAAAAUCAUGCAAAAUACUUUUUAAAGUUUCAUUUUUUAUUUCCAUACAUGUAAUUACUUCAUUUUGGAAAGCAC